AUGAAAAAUAAUGCCGAAUUAUCAAAUCUGUUAAGUGCCACGCUAGAAUCUAUGAGUCCGCCAUUUCCUCCUGAAAUUACGGCAGAAGAAAUAAUAGUUCCAAAACAAGACGGCAAAGCACCAACAAAGGCGCCAAAUAAUUUUUUGAUUUAUCGUAAAGCAUUUGUUAAAACAUUAAAUUCAAAAGGUAUAUUUCUCCCUAUGAGAGCAAUUUCAUUAGCUAUUUCCAAAAGAUGGAAAUCCGAACCGGCUUGGAUUAAAGAUGCAUAUACUCAAAUCGCCAACGAAGCAGGACAGCUAUUGAACGAGCGUCAUUACGGUUUAUGGGAUUCAUAUUUGAUUACCGAUUGCCAUAUAAAAGCUUCUUCUAGACCUGCAGGAGUUGUAGCUCGUCCUCGUAUCAAAUCAAGUUAUUUAACUCAACCAAGACCGAAUUUGAAUACUAAACUAAACAAGGGCAGCAAAAGGCUUGUUGAUCGUCAUCAAUCAAAAGAACUUUGUCCAUCGAUCGAUUCAAUGAUAUCCGAAUUUAAUGUUAAAGAGAUUGAUCUCAACAUGAACAAAAGAAACUUUAAUUCCCAAAAGGUUGAUUUCAAAAAUCAACAUUGCUUGGAAACCGUUGUUUCAAGUGUUUCGGGAGAACAAAAAGUACUAAUACAACCGAAUAGUGUUGAUUCGGAUGGAAAAAUUAAAAACCUGAACCAGCCAAUGGAUGAUCCCCAAGUUUUCAAAAAAUACGAUGAUUCUUCUCAAAAUACGCCGCCAAUAACUCCUGAGCACGAAGCUCGACCGCCAUAUAUGUCAUCACAAUCAUCUUCGACAAAUGACUCCAAAGAAGACAUCACUUGUGAAAAGCAAAAUGAAAAUGUAGCGGAAUCAACUUAUAAUGAAUUUUUGCUCACAGAAAUGAACGCUGAAUCGUCCGCUUAUUUUUACAACCAUUCGUUUUCGAACGCACUAGAAAACUUUUAUUUUGUAAACGAGUUUUCUUCUUCUGAGGAACAAUUUCCUUACUAUACUCCAAACACUGAUUGCGAAUUAGAUCCACUAGAAGGAUCCUUCAACAUUGAAUUACUUGGCAAUAAUAUUUCGAACCUUGCAGUUCAGUCAUCAAAUCAAUUUUUCUUUGUUGAAAGAUCCCCAUGUUACAAUUAA